AUGGUGCAUAAUCGUUGGAUAAGCUGCAUUCUGCAGUCAACAUCAAACCGCACUUUGGAUCAACAGUGCACUGUUACACGUCCAGGACUCGCUCCCAUUGCCUCAUCUCUUGCGGUCGAAGUCUUCGUGAACAUCCUGCACCACUCUGAUGGGACAUUUGCUCAUGUUGACUCUGCAGACUUUGGCAAUAGUGGAACCAAUGAGCUGCUGCUUGGCAUCUUGCCACAUCAGAUUAGAGGCUAUCUCUUCCAUUUCUCUCAGAUGAACAUCGUAGGCUGUUCCUUCGAUCGGUGCACUGCUUGUUGCCCGACGGUUGUAAAGGAGUAUAGAGAAAGAGGGAUGGAAUUCCUUCUCCAAGCAAUCAACCAUCCCACCUACUUAGCUUAUCUCGCAGGACUCACCGAGCUCACGAAGUCUGCCAACUCAUUCGACAUCGAUUGGGACGAUGAAGAUGAUGGUAUGACUAGCUUGAUGAAAUAUGAUUGGUGA